GUGCGGGGAAGCACCGCAAUAGCCAAUGGCAGAGGCUGUUCUUGUUCCUAGGAGACCGAUGUAAACGGUGCGGCCGCGGAGCCGGUGCGGCCGGGGUUGGGGGCGAUGGAGUCGGACGCGGAGAAUGGGGAGGAGUCGGACAACGGCCGCCGCCGCCGCGCCAGGGGAGCCGACCUGGAAAUGAGAUGGGUUCAGGGAUUCACAAACAGGAAUGUUGGUUUUGUCAAUAACAAGACUAUCUGCUACCCCUGUGGCAACUACAUCCUUUUUGUUGACAUUGAAACAAAGAAGACGACAGUGCUGAAGUGUAAGAAUGGCCACAUUGGAGCCUUUGCAGUGAAUGGGAACAGUCAAGUGGUGGCUUUUUCAGACCAGAAGCUAAAUCCUGUCAUCUAUAUCUACACUUUUCCAGGACUUGUUAAACGGUCAGAAAUAAAAGGGCAGGCACAGCUGGACUACUCUUUACUUGCAUUCAGUUACAUGGGUCCUUAUCUGGCCAGUUACUCUUCAGUCCCAGAAUUUGCUCUUUCAAUAUGGGACUGGCAAGAAAAUAUCCUUUUGUGCAGUAAAUCUCAACCAGGUGUGAAAGUGACCUCUAUGAGCUUUAACCCCAUGAACUGGCACCAGCUUUGUUUGUCCAAUGAAAACUCCCUGACUGUCUGGAAUAUUGAAAGGAACGAUCAAGAACAUCAUCUCAAGUCAAAGCCUGUCAGACUCCCUGCCGAAGAUGGGUCUCUGAUGUGUAAACAGGAUGUCUUUUUUUCACAUCCUGAUAUCCAAGACCUCUACUAUGGGCCUGUGCUGCCAAUUUCAGCUAUUGCUGGGCUGGCAGGGGAUGAAGCAGAGACAUUUAGGCCUAAAGAUGACAUCCAGCCUUCAGUCCACCCUACCGUCCACUGCUGGACUGCAACGUCUGACCUGUAUAUGGGCUGUGAAGAGGGACAUUUUUUGGCAAUUAAUGUUGAGACACUCAAAGCUUCUCUUCUUUAUUACAAACCUUCACAAGACGCUAAAGAACGAAGGCGAACAAAAUUUCGUUCCUUACCACUUCUUUCUGGCGAUAGCUUGAAAAAGGAAGAAGACAAACGGAGAACAGAAAAACCUGUUCUGCUUGCCAUGGCCUAUCAUAAGGAUGGACUAUAUGCAGCUGGAAGUGAUGGUAUUGUGCACUUUUACCAAAUCAAAGGCACACACUAUCAGAUGGAUGAUUGCUUUGAUGUAUCAGAACCCAUAACCAGCCUCGUUUUCUCCCCUGACUACAACACAUUACUAGUAGAAACAGACAAGGGAUCAGUCUAUGUCUAUAAACCUUCUCAGAAUGAGGAAGUCAUCAAACUCUUGGAUGCAUGCAAUGAUCAUUUCCUGUCAGCUGAUUUUCUUACUCCAGGGAACAAGUAUUGUGUGUCUGUAGCAAUUUCAGGGGAAGUGCAUGUUUGGCUGCUGGAGGACGGAACUUUCAUAAGCAAGCUCUGCCUGAAUACACAGGCAACUGCUAUGGUCUGCUGCCCCUCCUCAUAUAGUGUUGCUGUGGGGACCAAAGUGGGUCAUGUCUAUUUCAUUGAUGUUACCAAAGUUGAAACGCCACGUGUGGUUCACAGAGUUCUUCUUUCCAACUUACCUGUGCGCCAUCUGCAGUAAGUAUGUAGUCGCAGA